AUGGCCGGCGGAAGCGGUCGUUUUUUUCAUUUAGCGUUUUGUCUUUUGUGGCUUCUACAGAUUCACACGCCAUCAUAUGGAGCACAAAAGCUCAGAAUGGUUAAUGUGGUGAGUUUUUUUGUGAUAGUAUUGUAAAAUAUAAUUGGUUGAUUCCGAAAUGUAUUGGUGCUGGUACAAUACAGAGCAUAUGACAUGACCACGAAAAUUUUCAACAGGUUAAUUUUAUGUACGCGUGUAAAUUUUAACGAUCCUCUCAAUGAAUUACUUGCUUUCUUUACUUAUUUAAGAUUUUUGCCACUAACUGAUCUGUAAUUCCCUGGAAUGGUACCUCAGCUCAUAAAACCUGGGCGCAUUGAAAUUUUCCUAAAUUUAAGCUUAAUUAAAAUCACAAGUGUAGUGUUAUGACUAAGCUUUUAAAUAUAAUAACCGAUCUGGAGAAGAUCGAGUCCCUACUAGGCGUCUAAGUUGACUUCGGAGUUUUCAACCUAGUUUCAAUUGGAAAUUGAGCUUGCAAACUAGCUUCUUCUAUGCAUAGAAGAUGAGAGGAUAUACACAGUUUUAAGUAUUUUGCGUUUCAUAUAAGGCUUAUUACUUCCGUCCGCCAACCAAGCACUGACACAAGCCUGAGUCUUCUGCAGUCAAUGUUUCGUUCAUAGUUCAUAUAAUUUCAAAGCAGAUAUGGAAGUAAAUGUAAUUAUUUGAUUUAUUAAAGUUUAUUUAUGUUACAUUUUAUUAAUCACCUGAGUCUCGUGUCAGUAUUUUCAAAGUAGUAAGCUUACUUUGUUAUUGUUAUUGAAAUUUGAAGGAAAAUGAUUUUGAGAAAGGUUCUCCCGAUUUCAUUUCCCUUGUUGAAAUUUUAGCCUUGGCUAACAGGGGGCUUUUAUAACUAAAGUAAAAGCUUUACAGAUUCCUUCACCACACAAGAAGCUACCAUUUUAGCCAAAGGUUCAUGCAAGUAAAUGUACUUUAAAUUCCUUGUACCACUCUAACAAAGGAAACUUGAUUGAUUAAAUACCCUUUUAAUGUUGAGCCCUUACAUUGAGGAGUAUAGUUAUCUUACGUCUUUUGCAAAAUGGUGAUUUGAAUGCUUUCUCUCUGAAAUUAUCAGGGUUCCCCUUUUUAUACUGGCCUUCACGUAUUUGUACUUAUUUUAAAUCUGCUGUAUUUAUAUAUCUAAUAGACAGCUAUGCACAACUUAAUUAGCAUGUAAUUUCAAUUUAACUUCUUGACAGGUAUAUCGCCAUGGCGACCGCUCCCCCACCACCUUUUUCCCAACAGAUGAACAUAAAAAUUUCUGGCCUCAAGGCCUGGGGCAGCUUACUCAGGUUUGUUUUUACUUAAAACCAUAAUCCCUGAUAUCAAUACAGUAUUACUGUCUACCUUGUUUUCUUCAUAUUUUUUACUAUGGCUAUGUUAACUCAGCAGUCAAUAGCAAGUGCCCCUACCCCACCCCCGGUGCAUUUGUCAUAUCAGGUAUUCCAACAGUGGGGCGUUGAUGUCAUGAAAGGUGUGGGAGGCCCAGGGAGGGUUUUUUUGUCACUGUUGAAUUUGAUAUUUUUCUACCGUUUUUAGCAAGAGAAACCUAUUUUACUUGAAAAGUGUAGAUUUCGCAAACCUUAUUAAACCAAGUUUUGAUACCUCAAAACUGUAGGGUUAAGUGAAAAACUGUUUUUAACACUUUUAAAAAAUCUUGGAUCUUAAAAAUUGUUCCCAGGACUUCUCAUGGUACAAAUAUGUUCCCAUGAUCUCAGGACAAGGAAUUAUAAAAGUGUUUGAUCCAUGAAAUUUGAAAUCCUAUGGCUAUAGUGUGUUCAUGAUCAGAUCAUUUACUUUUUGUAGCCACUUGAAAUCUAUGUGCUAAAUAGCACUGAAUAAAUGUGUAUCAGGUCUAUAAAACACCCUCUCCAUAUGCAAGUAUGAUACUAGUAUUUGUUCUGACUCAUCCCAGUCACUUUUGAACCUCUCCCAAGUGGCACACAGGGUAUGACAAAUUACCAAAGACUAGUAUUUUGUCCCAGGAAAAUAACAUUUUUAAACAUGGCACAUUGACACAGUCUGAUCUUGUUUUCAUCAGAAUAAUUAUUUAGUUGUCGUGAGUUGGGUGGUAUAAUAAUGAUAUUAUUUUUACACAGGAUAAUAAAAAAAGUUAAAAUUAUGUGACUCUAGAUCUGUGGGGCUUAAGUAAGAUAAAGGAUAAGUAUAGGAUAUAAGAUAUAAAGAAAAAAUAUGUCAGCCAGUCAGGGGAGGAUCUAGGGGGAGGGUGCAGGGGGUGCGCACUUCCCCCCCCCGAGAUGAAAAAAAAAACUAUGUGGUUUAUUGGUGUUGAAGUAGAGCUCGAGACGAGUGCGCCCCCCCUAAAAAAAAUCCUGGAUCCGCCCCUGCCAGUGCCUAAGUCACCUAAAUCAAGAAUGUCUUUUUAAAUUUCAGAUUGGAAUGAGGCAGGAAUAUAAACUUGGCCAGUUGCUCAAAGAUCUUUAUGUCAAUAAAACCAAGCUGCUUGAUUCAUCUUACCUGUUCAAAGAGGUAAUAUAAGACACUUUGACUUGCUAUGGAAAUUUUCUCUUGAAGGAAUUCGUUAGGCUAGUAAUUUCAAAUGCCUAUUUAAAUGUUCUUAAAGCAUAGCCCUGAAAGAAAUAUCCUAAUGAUGCUGACAUUUUCGAUGACUGACAGCCAUCUUUAUCAAAGCUAAAAACGUCACAAGUGUCCAUACCUCCUAUAUGCAGGGCUUCUGAUAUUUCGCGCGGUCGCAGAACCAUGAAAUUCAGGUAAGUCCGCGAAAUCCCGCGAAAUUCACAAAAACAUGCAAAAUGCCACGAAAUUCGGUAGAAAUCUUAUCAAAUACAUGUCUGUACAACAAUUUUGGAACUUGUCUCAGCUACUGGGGGUAUAUUUACUUGCCGUAAACUCGCAAAUUUAUGUCAAAAGUUUGUCACUGAAACGUGCAAACAAAGUUCUGAAACUACUAGGCAUAGAUUAUGUUGCGAAAAACUGGGCACUAGCCAUGAUGUUAAAGGCUUUGCCAUUGGUUCAUUUCUGAAGUGUAUUGUUGUUGAAAGAGCAAAUGAUGUCCUCUGUUAGAAAACAUUAAAAAUGCUGGUCUGAUCAGCGCAAAACUGAUCAAUUUCUAGUGAAAUUUGCCCUGAAAAUAACCACAAAAUCUGCCAUUUUUUUACCAAUUGCUUUCCGGCCAAGUUUGCCCCGAAAAUUCCCGUGAAAUUGCCACGAAAUCAGCCGAUUUUUCUGCGAUUUUGUCCCUAAAAAUCCUGCAAAAUUUGACUUUUUUUUCUGCGACCUAUCAGAAGCCCUGUAUAUGGACCCAAGUGAUUUCCACCCUAAACCGGGGGGGAGGGGUGGCCUCGACAGAGUGACUUUUCAGACGCCUGUGAUGUUUUUAGUUUUGAUAAAGAUGGCUGUCAGUCAUUGAAACUGUCAGCAUCAUUAGGAUUAUUCUUUGAGGGCUAUGCAUUAAGAACAUGUGAAUAGAUAUGUGAAUUUUCUGUUAUGAGUAAUUACCAUGCAACUCCCAGAAGGUAACCCAAAUAAUGGCGUAUAUGAUGAGGCUCCACUUGAAAGGUCCCCCUUUUUCAAGAUCCUGGUAUAUGAAAGGGUGAGGAAAUAUAUCAUUUUGGUUGGUGAAAAUUCCCAAAAUGCGAAAACAUCCUGGAAAACAUCCAGGUUAUGUGAUUUAUUCAUAUUUAAAAGACAGUACAUCUACAGCAGUGAAAAGGGAUAAAAAGUUCUGAACUAGGUAUGUGAAAGGGGUACCAUUAAGACGGCCCACGAAAGGGGUACCUUUUCUUUCAGGUGGGACCUUCGGAACAAAGCGUUCCGGCACAAAACUUUGUUAAGUACCCCCAUUGGGAUGGUACUCCAUCAUAUACCCAUUUUUUUUAUAGCAACCAUCUUGUUAAGAAAGUCAGUUUUCUGGCCCAAAUGAAAUUCCCCUCUGAUAUCCUCUUAUAUUCUGUAACCUUUUUAAUCUGGCUACAGUCAAACAUACCUCCAGGUGAGACCAUGCCGAAAGCGAGCACCUAUCCAAAGUGUCAAACAUUCAAUAUCCCAGUCAAUACCCUACAGUAAAACCUCCCGUAAAUGACCAACUCUCGCAAGUGACUGCAACCACUUUUUGGCCUGAUGAUUUUAUAGUUUUCCAUUAUUUUUAACCUCUUGUAAGGGACCACUUAACCAUGGUGUGGUCCCUUUGUCCUCUAUAUGUACGACUUCACUCAGAGUAUACAAAGAAUGGAACUACGUGUAUAUUCUUAACUCACAAAAUGUAGCAUUAAUUUUGUGCCAAAAAGUUGUAGAUUGUGUUAAAAUCCGUUUUCAGAAGAGAUGACCCAUGGUUUGAUUCUCGUAGUGACCACCUCUUGCAAGCAACCACUAAUCUUAUCUUGACUAUUUAUUUAAAAACAGAUCUAUGUUCGAAGUAGUGACAAAGAUAGAUGUAUAAUGAGUGCUCAGACACAACUGAAUGGUCUAUAUCCACCGCAUGGAAGGCAGGUACAAGUUUUCAGCAGUUUUUCAUAUAUUUAUAACUUCCAUUGUAUGCAGUCACAGACAAUAGCUCUUAAUCAACAAGAACCCAUGGUGGGAGUUCAUUGGGCUGCCGAUUGUGGGAAGUAUAGAUCAUAAUCACACAUUUUUCCAGCUUGAGUUGUAGCUACUCCUAACCUGUGGAAUAGGAUAGAGCUCUACAUAGUUUGCCUUUUAAAACAAGAAACAAUUGGCAUUAUCUUUAACCUGGACAUUUCCUCAUUGCACCCCUCCCCCAAUCUCUCUGCCCCCCAAAAUAUGGCAUGACAGUAUAACAUGAUUAAUGUGAUCUAACUGGAAAUUCCAAAAAAAAUAUCAUCGUUCUACACUUAGAAAACAUGACAGGGUCAAUUUUGGUGUUUAAAUACUGUUAAAUGGCUUCGGCCGCACUUGGGGACUUAACCGAGUUAUUGCCAAUUAACUUAAUAGAGUUAACUCAUUAAAAAAAACUGUGAGUGCAGCCGGCCGGUUUUCUACAGUCUUAACUGAAUUCUAACCGGGUUAUGUAAGUCAAGCAAGAACAAUAGAUUUUCUUAGCCAGGUUACGUUUUUUUAAACCACCUCGCGAGGUAGUUUAAUGCAGAUUAACUUUAUCAAUCAGUCAAUCAUCUCUGCCUAUGCGUGAGAAUGGUCCAAAUUUCGGCCUUACUGUCCCCUCACCACAAAAAUCGGCCCCAUUGAAGAGUGGAACGUGCAGAGCCUUUCUGGGAGAUCCACCCAUCAUUUUGUCUUUUUUGACAUAGAUGCAAUCCAUUUCUUUAUUGGGUGUUGCCCUCAUGGGCAGCCCAAAAAUGAAUGCACAAGUAAUCAACAUGCUCAGUGUUGCUGCAGAGAUUGGCAAUAAGUAGCAGCAAAAAAUUUUGUAAGUCCCAUUAUUUUGCAAUAAACUUUGCCAGAAAUUUUGUAGAUAUUUAAAGUGUUCAGUGAUUUUCCCCCAAAAAAAUGUCAACAAUUUUCUAUUGUCUAAACUUUUGGAUCCACAUGUUGAGGCAAGUUCACUGUAGUGUUGUGGUGAGAGAGAGGGUUGGGGAGGGGGGGGGGGGUGGUGGGGGGGGGGGGGGGGGGGGGGGGGUGGGGGGGGGGGGUGUUUCCUUUCAUGUGAUUAUAGCAGAGCUGUCACUGAGGGCUGGGGGCUGGGGAUUUCUCCCGGCUUCUAUGAGGAUGAUCUCCACUUACUUUCAUGGGAAAAUUAGGUAAGUAGAAAAAUAUAACCAAAAGAAAUUCCUAGCUUUUUUAUUCCCCAAUGACCUGUUUUAUUUACCUGGCAACUUGAAAUCUUCGUGAUAUCCCUGCAGAGUUUCUUUUCGUGUUCAAAAGCACUAUAUUUUGUUCUUGAUUAUGUGAAACAAAAAAAAUUAAUAGAAAAAGAAUACGAUGUAAAUAUGUUUGAAAUGUUGUUUUCUAGAUAUGGCGUGAAAGUUUAGAGUGGCAGCCGAUUGGUGUCCAUGUGGUUCCAAAGAAUGAAGACUAUGUAAGUUCUCACAACAUGUGAACCUUCAGUUGGUAGGCUCACUGUUUUUAACCAGUGAUUAAAAUGCCAUUUUCUCUCAUUGGCUAAUAUCAGUAUAUUUUUAUUGCAGCUUCUUCGACCCUUUGAUUACAACUGCCCUCGUUUAAAUGAGAUAAUUGAAAAGUCAAGACAGGACCCAGAAUACCAGAAUAUGGCCAAGAAAAACAAGGUGAGGACAAGAUCUUCACAACAGCUGGGCUGAUGAUUUAUGUGAUAGUGUGAUUUCUCACAAUAAUGUUGAUCUCAGAUCUCCUAAUUAAAAAGCUGAAAAUUAUCUUGGUUUUCUAGGAACUGCUGUCAUAUAUCUCACUACACGCUAACAAGACAUACACUCUAGCCAAUGCCUAUCAAGUAUAUGACACACUUUUUUGUGAGGUAAUAAAGAUAAUUGUUGCCAAAUUUCAUAUUUUAACAAGUUACGUUGGUAGUUAAUUUGCUGGUGCAUAAUAUUUACUGUGAGAUGUUUAGCCUGUGAAAACAGUGUGAUGCCUCUCAUUCCUUGCCCUCACUGAGGAGGGGAGGGGGGGAGAGGGAUAAGAGGCCGCUGUAUUUGCAGUUAAAGUUCAUGGCUUAAUAAAUCUACUAGCCCAACUCCUGAGGCUAUAUCAAAAAGUCUUGUAAAAUUUACCAUAAAUAUAAGUAAAAUAAAUUUACCAUUAAUGUUAUUUGAGAAAUGAAAUUCAAGCAAAACAAAGGAAUGAGUGAAUAAACAACUUUAUUAAAUGUUUCAUUUCUUCUAGCUGCAACCCUGGACAAAAGCUGUUGACACACAUCACAAAAAUACCUCAGAGUUCGUACGGUCAUGGAAAACUUGAAAAGUCAUGAACUUUAAGAAUUUCAUUUUCCUGGCCUUGAAAGUCAUGGAAAUUAAUUAUUGUUGGUCAUGGAAAGUCAUGGAAAAUUGAAGUUGUGUUUGUUAGAUUAGUUACUGCAAACGUAAAAACAAGGACAAAGUCAGAUAGAGAGUUGUACUAUGAAUCAGGUCAAAAACUGCCCUAAAGCGAGGACAGUUUUCAAAGUUUUUGAAAGUGACAGCUAUACCUAAAGUCAUUGAAAACUGGAAAAGGUCAUAGAAAAAGUCAUGGAAUUUGAAGAGAUAAAAAGAGUACAAACCCUGUACAUGUUUUUUUCCAUCAUCCCAGUGGCAAAAGUGGAAACCAUCGCCAAAUGAAGGCUUGUUAACCCCCCUGCCCUCAUCCAAAGUUGUUUAGGAUAACACGAGAAUUAUACACAUUGGUUUUUAGACCUAAACAGUUUUGAAUAGAGAUUGGAGUGGAGGUCUUACCUUUUCUGUUUAGAGAUGGUAGUAUUGUGCGAAAGUUACAAAAUAGAUGCAACUGCCUCAAACGUUUGUCUGGGGUUGUGGCUACAUGUACUUGUGGCCUAUUUUUUCAGGAGUACCUUAAUAAUUUGAGUCCCAUUUAGAGUAGGAUUACUUUUGUUAAUAUUUACAA